ACAUAUUUAACGACAAUUAACUCCACAUUAAAGUAGUUUUGUUUCUACAUACGAUGUUUCCCUAUCAGGAUACUUAUUAUAUAUCUGUCGUUUUCUACAGUUGAAGCGAGUGAGAGAGAGAGAAAGAGCGAUAGAGGAUGGGAAGAGGGAAGGUUGUUCUUGAGAGAAUACAGAACAAGAUCAAUCGACAAGUUACAUUCUCAAAGAGAAGAAGUGGUUUGCUCAAGAAAGCAUUCGAACUUUCUGUGCUUUGUGAUGCUGAAGUUGCUCUUAUCAUCUUCUCCAGCCUUGGCAAGCUUUUUCAAUACAGUUCCACUGACUUGAACAAAAUCAUUGAGAAGUAUCGUCAAUGUUGCUUCAACAACAUGUCUGAGAAUGGUGACUUGGAAGAACAUGAAUCACAGGGCUUAUACGAGGAGCUUUUGAUGCUAAGAGUUAAGCAUGAAUCUCUUGCCCAGACUCAAAGGAAUUUUUUGGGAGAAGAACUCAAUACACUAAGCAUAAAAGAUUUGCAGAAUAUAGAAAAACAACUGGAGAGAACGCUUGCACAAGCUCGAAAGCACCAAAUGCAGAAACUGAUGACACGAGUUGAUGAAUUAGGCCGAGAGGUUCACAAGGUGGAGGAGGUUAACAAACAGUUAGAAUCCAAGGAAAAAGGUUUAAGCACCAUUAUUUGUGAUGAUUCUACUGAUUUAACCAUCUCCAACAACAACAAUAUCGUUACCAAUUUGCAUGAUGCACAAGUCAAUGAGUUUGAAUAUUGUCAGUUUCGGCACCAACAAGCUGGUUCAAAAGGACGGGCAACAUAUACAAGGAUUGACCGAGGCCAGAGUAGUCGCAACAAGAACAAUGGAUGGAUGAAUAUUUGAACUUUCAUUUACCUAAGGCUUGAGACCCCUAAAACAUGUCUCAAAUAAUCACUAAUUUAUGAGAGCCUAUUUGGUUUAAUUUAUAAUAGGAACUUUCUCUUUCUUCUUUUCAGCAUGACAGUGUGGCUUCAAAUGCAUUAUGUAUAUGUAGCUAGACAGGUAAUCGAAUGUAAUAAUUGGUUGUACA